AGAUACGCAUGUCAUUGCCCCCUGAAUGGCGAAUAAAACACUCUAAAACUAGAGGGGGUCGUGUUUUCUACUACAAUAAACUCACCAAGGAAACAAGAUGGGAUUGUCCAGUGUCUGCAAUAGAUGAAGCUGACUACCCCGAGUUAGAACUUCCUGGUGAUGUUAAGAAUUCUGACAAUGCAAAGCAAAUUGUGAAUUCUUCCAGUCAUUCUGGUCAUACUCAUCUCAAUAAACGUAGACGUACGGAUAGUAAGAAGAAUGAAAACAAAGUCGGGUCAAGUGCUCAAACGGACGUGCAUGGGAAAAACCUUGCUGCGAAACCGAAUCGUUGUACACGAACCAGUUCAAAAGGGAAAACAAAGCAAAAGCAGAGUUCUGCCGAAAAGACGAAAGAGAAAUUAAAAGGAAAGCAAGGAACAAACUUAUACCACGAAGCAAAUCUGUGCGACCUGAAUGCGUUCCUAGGAGGGCACUGUGUAAACAAGGGAACGAGGGACAGUAUCCUGAGUGGUGGGGAUAUCUAUCAACCUGAGCGUAAACCAUGUGAGGAGAAAAGAGGGGGAAGUGAGGAGAAACGAGGAGACAUUGCUGCAAGCCGAACCAAUUCUGGCUCUUUGAGGGAGAAGUCUGAUGUCGCUGCCUCGGCGCGGCUCAGCGAUCUGAAAAAUUAUCUCGAGGAGUGCAGAGGAUCCCCGAAGCAGAAUACUCCACCAUGUUCAGUAAAGGAAAUUAAGAUCUUAAAGGAAGGUAGACUCUCAAAGAAAGAAGAAUCCGUAGAUCUGAGCGCAAAAUCUAGCGUGAUUAUGACUAAAACAAAAGAUGUUCAUCGGAGUAAGAGAAAGAUAAAAUCUUCACCUUAUUCAAGGCCCAGCCAGGCUGGAGAUUCUAAGGGCUACAAGAUUCCAAAAGUCUCGACCGCGAAUUCAGACGAGUGCUCUACCUCGAGGCGACAAACCAAGAGAUCCCUAAAAAUAUCAGCUGAUAGAAAUCCUGAGAUCAUUCCAUUGGAAUGUCUGCUAGACAUGUCGGCUGGUAAAGUUUCCAGUUCCGACGCUGUUUCAUUGAAACGAAAACUAAAAACUGACGCAGUUACUACUCCCACACAACCCAAGGAUUUACCAGCUACCUCCCAAUCACUGAUUGGUAAAAUAGUAACCUCCUCCUGGAACUUCCUUGCAAGGACCCUGAACCCCGCCACAGGGACCACUACAGAAACAGGUUGCGGGAUCACUAACCCAGGUCCUCAAACUGUACAGGGUGGGGCUCAGAGCACGAUCAGCGGGGGCACUGGGUCGUUUAGUGGUGAGUCAAAGGGCGGGGCUGCUCCCAAUCAACUAUCUCGCUUCAAACGCAAGGCAAAAGUUCCGCGGACUACAGUGAUGAUGAUUGUGAGAUGAUGGAGAUAGACGAUGUUGUAGCGACAGUCAGUGAGAUAAGGAGCUCAAUUCACAACUCUCACAAUGGGCCUGAUAGCUCUUUUCUUGCAGCGGGUCACGUGACCAAACCUGCUAUUAGCUCGGAUAAUGGACAUGUUCCUGGAUUAAAAGAUUCCGUGGAAAGGGCUACCUCGGCAGUUCAGACCUUCUUGGUUCUGGAUACAAACGUCCUCAUUCAUGACCUUUUAUUUGUUGAGGAGCUGCUCGAACUCAGCAACCAAGAGCGUACCACAGUUGUGAUACCUUGGAUUGUACUGCAAGAGUUAGACGGGCUUAAGUCGACCAGCAACGUGGGCAAAGCUGCUAGGAAAGCCAUCGAUUAUCUUCUGGAAUGUAGGAAAAGUAGGAGAGAAGGAGUGGUUUUUGAACCGAACUCAAAGAUAAGAACAGAGUUGGCGGAUGAUAGGAUAUUACUGUGUUUAGAGGGGAUCUGUGAUGAAGAUGAAAACUGUGCAGCGGUCUUAGUAUCUUGUGACAAAAACCUGCGCCUAAAAGCCGACGUGAACGGUUUUGAGAGUUACGGUAUCUCGGAGCUCCGAAAUAUGCUUGGAUCAAGUGAUGGAGACAGAAGUCCUGAUCUGCACUCCUCCUCCUCCACUCUUAGAACCUUCGGUAGAAUGAGAAGAACAGACCCAACAGAACCUACCUCCGUAAAACCAAGACGUCCUAAACCCUCCUCCGUAACAACUCCACCAAGACGCCCUAAACCCUCCUCCGUAACAACUUCACCACAGAUCCAAGUAACCAGUACCACAGCCGUAAGAAUUGGCAGAUCCAGUCCAGGGGAUUACCCCUCAACCAGACAACCGACAAACGUCGACCCCAACUCCUUCCAUGAUAUAUCAACAAAUAGAAAGGAUAACGUCGACCCCUACUCCUUCCAUGAUAUAUCAACAAAUAGAAAGGAUAACGUCGACCCCAACUCCUUCCAUGAUAUAUCAACAAAUAAAAAGGAUAACGUCGACCCAUACUCCUUCCAUGAUAUAUCAACAAAUAAAAAGGACAUCAGCGAUCCUCUCUCGCGAGACAAUAUCACCAUGGGCCGAUCUGGCUCCAAGUCUCCGCCAUCCUCCCCUAUCGACAUGAGACUGGCCAUGUUCACCGGAGAAACGUCCCCUAAACCUGAACCCCGCUCUGACAUUGCUAGAUUCGACAAAUCUGUGCUUCAGGUACUAGACGAUAUGUCCGGCUCAAUGACCGUGUUCAAACAGCAAGUGGUGACGUUUGUGGAGCAGAAACUGUCCGUACCUGGUCCGGGAAUCACUGUUCAGCUGACUGAACUUCAGAACUUCCUGUCCGUACUGAUACCUGACGUCAACAAGUUCCUCGAUAGUUGCCGCGCUUUCCAUCAGGUACCGGUGUCCCAGCUGAAGAAUAACUUCUCGGCAGUUUGUGAUCUGGUGUCCGCGAUACAGUCCUUCUCCGUCCACCACCUUCACUACGCUCCCAACAUCGCUGCUAGUGACGCAUUUGUGUGGCUCGUAGAACCGGGACAUGUGAACCACCUCUCUUCCACUGAACGGCACUUUACUGGACUCCUAGCUGAGAUUGAGAGAGCUGUUGAAGCCCUGAUGGCCAGAAAACAGUUUGUGUGAAGGAACCAACUUGUUCUCUAGUGAAAUGAGAUUGGGACUUAAUUCUGUGUCGUUCCUUCCGAGACUGGGUUUGUUAUUUCGAUACCACCGAUUAAAAUGUGAAUUUUAUCUAUGUACCGUAUUUCGGUAAUAAUUUGGCUGUUAUUGGUUUUUCUGAGCCUUUAAAACGGCUUUGUUACAACCGAUUACGUCCCUUGGUUAUCAUCGAUUUAAUACAUGGAAACAAGUUAAUAAACCCGUAGAACCGUAAUCGUAUCAGUGGCGUAAUUCAAACACCGUUUGUGCUACCCAAGUAACACAGGAGUUCAAGAUUGGAAAACAUGCGGGCCCUUAGCCUUAGGAAAUCGUAGACAAGUAACAAGGAAGCUACGGCAUGAUUUCUUUUUCGGUGCUGUUUGAUUUCAAUAUUAGCUAAUUUUUCUGGACACUCAGCGCAUGACUUACGCCAUUGAAUAUUACAGCUUAUUUCAUUUUUAAUUAAAUUUUGUUAAUAGUUAUACUUAAAUGGUUUUUACAAUUUUCUACGGACUGUAUGAGACUUUUUAUCGAUUUAUACUAUUGUUGUCCUGAUAAUUAUUACUUCAGUUUCCUUUUUACUUAGCAAAGUGAAGUUUUUACGGGGGCCACCAAAUUUCAGACAUGAUUGCGACU